GAGCACCUGUGGCGGGCGCGCUUCCUGCUGCUGCUUGUGGCCCUCGGCGCGCUCCAGCACACGAUCCAGCCGAGCGUGCCGUACCUCGAGAACACGUUCUUCGCGGCCGGCCACGGCGGGGCCGAGGACUGCGAGGCGACGCCGAAGGCGGACGCCUGCCGCGAGGGGGCCGCCGACGCCGCGCUUUACAGGGGCUGGGCCGGGGCCGCCUCGCACGCGGGCGCGAUGCUGCUGGCCGUCAGCCUCGGGCUCCACAGCGACAGCGUGGGGCGGCGGCCUCUGAUACGCAGCUUCGGUGUGCUGAACCUGGCGCCACUCGUCGCCCUGGCGCUGCACGUCGAGCUCGGCGUCAGCCUCUGGCCCUUCCUGCUGGCCCAGCCGGCCGUGGAGGCCUUCGACGUCAGCGGCGUCUACCUGGCGCUCGUGAGCGACCUGGUGCCACAGCAGGAGGAGCGCGCCGGCGCCUACGGGGCCUUCAUCGGCGGGAUGCUGCUGCUGCUCCUGGUCCUGACGCCCCUGGCCUUCCUGGUGCCCCGCCGCUUCGCGCUGGCCUUCUCGCUGCUGGCUGGCGCGACGAAGGUGCUCUACCUCACCCGGUCGUCUGCUUCCCCGAGACGGCCGGGCUCGUGCCCGGGGGCCCCGGGCCCCCGCCGCGCCCGAGGCCGCUCGGGGCGGCGCGGGAGGCCCUCCGCCUACUGA